AGCUGUUGGUUAUUGUUGCCGUUUCCAUAUUUCUCUGCGUCAAUUUUUUGUUUGUUUGCCUUGCAGCCCUUAUACCCCCCUGACAAAGUGGGGUAUACAAAAACGCGCGACGUGGACGUGUUGGAGCAGCAGCUCUGCCGCUGGCGGCAGAACGCGGCAUUUACGUUAGCGCUCUAAAUUGUCUGCUUCUUCAUUUUGGCCAGGUGGAUUGUUGUUGGCUUAGCUGCUGUUGGUGCUGCUGUUCUCGAGUCAAAGGCAAACAAAAGAGCCACAAACACAGCCUCAGCGACAGCCACAGCCACAGAUAGGGGUACAGAUACAGAUACAGACACAGCCAGAGAUACUGAUACAGAUACAGCAGCAAAGAUAUUGGUGAUCUGGCAGUGCCCGGCCGCUGUUAGUCGCUGGUCCGCUGCUCCGCUGGUAUUACCUGCCGCCGACCUCUCACCUCUCACCGAUGAGCUUCACCAGCAGCGAGAACAGCAGUAAGAUGAACGGACGCUCCAUACGCAUCAAUCGGGUGCCGGCCACCAUUUGCGCCAUCCUGCUGACCAUUGUGCUGGUCUACUUUCUCAACUUCCACCAGGAGGAGCGGCCGGCCAUAUAUGGCAAGCUGCGCAGCGACAAUCCCAACCGGGUGAACCUGCGCAAGAUGCUGAUCGCCGCCAUCCAGGCCUCGCAGCGCGGCGGUCUCGAGGUGCUCGAUGUGGCCCGCUCCCGGCAGCUGAAAGAGCGCAGCAAGGGCCAGACGGACGAGGGCGUCAACGAUCCGUUUACCGAUGCCGACGGUCGUUCGCACUGCGUCAUGAAGCAGGGCCUCCAGCGCAUAUUUCCACGUGUCCGCAUAUUCUCCGAGGAGGACAAGGAGCACUGCAAGGAGUCGCACAGCUACGAUCUGGAUCCCACCGUACUGCACGAGACCGCCCAGGUGCCGGACGUGCUUGUCAAUGCCCAGGAUGUCACUGUCUGGGUGGAUCCUUUGGAUGCCACCAAGGAGUUUACAGAGGAGCUGUACGAGUAUGUCACCACCAUGGUGUGCGUGGCCGUGGCCGGUCGUCCGGUGAUUGGGGUUAUCCACAGCCCCUUCAAUGGCCAGACGGCAUGGGCCUGGGUGGGUAACUCCAUGUCCGAGUAUCUCGCAGGACUCCAUCCGCCGCAUACCCAGGAGAAUGAGUCGCCCAUCAUCACCGUUUCGCGCUCGCACACCGCCGGGGCCAAGGAUCUGGCCCGCGGCAUCUUCGGGGAGCAGGUCAAUCUGCUGACGGCCGCCGGGGCCGGGUACAAGGUGCUCCAGGUGGUGGCCAACAAUGCCACCGCCUAUCUGCACACCUCCAAGAUCAAGAAGUGGGAUAUCUGUGCAGGGGAUGCCAUACUGCACGCCCUGGGCGGCACCAUGACCACUCUCAACGACCAACAGAUCCACUACGGGCCGAACGAGUCGCCGGUGAACACGGAGGGGCUGCUGGCCACUCUGGAGAAGCACGACGAGUACAUGGACCAGCUGGCCAAGUAUCGCACUGCGCACAACGGCCAGCUAACGUAGUAGUUGUAGUUUCUAUGGAAGGUGCCCCCUCCCCACACUCGUGGGCUCCCACUCUGCCAUGUGCUACUGCUCCAUGUGAUCCUGCACUACUCAAGGUACUCCUACUUUCAUUUCUCAAGGGUCGAAGCCGAAGCCGAAGCCAUCGACCAUCGAUCGAUCUGUUCAUUGUUUAGGCAGCUCAACAGCACACGAGAAUAGUUCUAAGUUCUAAAAUAAAAACCAGUUUUUUUUUUCCCCCGUAA